CAGCUGUGACUGCAAUAGCUGCAAUAGGUUCUGUUUUUGAGUAUCUGAACCAAAGGCCUGUUUUUGGAAUAUUGAACUCAGACAGCAUUUUUUAUGCUCCAUUACUCGGAUUUUUUGCAUUUACCGGCAUUCCAACUUCUUGUUUGUUAUAGGCAUUCCUCUGGUUCAAAUCCGUUGAGGCCGCUAACAAGGAAGCUGAGGAGCAAGAUAGGAGGGACGGCUAUAAGUAAGGUCAUUAGUGCGCAUCUUGACCAUUGCUUGCCCUCUAAAGUUACUCCCUAUAGAACAUGUAAUAGUUCUUUUUUCCUCUUCUUUUUCUUUCUUCUGUUUUUCACCUCCCUUUUGGUAAAGAACAUCAUCUACAAGUAUGAAGUGAAUUUACCAGAAAAAGUUGCCUUCCAGAUAUUUUUAUUAUUCAGCACGAUGUCCGGACAAUAUAAAGUAAAAACACAGAAAUUUAGGAGUAGUAUUACUUGGAGAUGAGAAUUGUCGCAAUUAGUAUGGAAGAUAGUUGUGCAAUUCCAUCAACCUUUAGGAUCAUUAAAAUAUUGAACUCUUCGGUUGGAUCCAACGAAACAGGGUUAUUUGCUAUAACCAGACACAACAUGUACAGUUGAUAAGCAAGAUAUAAACGUCAGAGAGUGUCACAUUAGAUAGAAACAAGGCCUAGCCUGAUUAAGACAGGAAGAAACCAUAUAAUUCAGUAAAGUUCCAAGUAUCAUCAAGUGAGCAAAACAAGCAGGCGUUUGAUUUCUCAAGCAAGACAAUUUUCAUAAGAGUAUCUUGGGAAUAAUAAGUGCCCAGAAUCUUAGGUCUCAACGUUCAUGUUUGUCCUCGUUUGGAAUCUAAUCGCGGUACCACCUAGGCAGACAUUUACUUCUUAGGAAUCCUAACUCAUGACCUGAAUCCUCACAUUAUCACCUUCUAUAUAAACUCCACGUGCUGUUCUGUUUAAUAAUAUUUCAGAAGCCACACUCCCCCAAAACUCUCUCACUUUCCAUGCUUAUGGCUUCACAAACACUUUCGUGUGCUGAACACACGUUACCUGUAACUGUUAAAAUCCAUCAAACAACUGUACAAGUGGAACGAGCUCAAUGGCUUCGAGCUGCCAUCCUUGGAGCCAGUGAUGGGUUGCUUUCCACUACAUCACUAAUGCUUGGUGUCGGGGCAGUGGAUGUGGAUCGUUGGUCUAUGAUACUCUCCGGAGUAGCUGGAGCUGUUGCAGGGGCAUGUAGCAUGGCUGUUGGGGAGUUCGUCUCAGUUUCAACUCAAAAAGACAUAGAAAUGGUUGCUCUCACUCACUGCAGUGCCUUAAAAGCCGAUCCAUCACAGGCCAUGUCAGUGAUUUCAGAAGAGGGAAGGACGACAAAAAAUAAUGGUGUUCAAGUUGAAAACAAUAACAUAAGAGAUUCACUGCCUAAUCCGCACAAGGCAGCAGCAGCAUCGGCUUUGGCAUUUCUGUGUGGAUCACUCAUCCCAUUAGCUUCCACCUUUUUUGUUGCCAAAAAUACUGCGAGGAUUGUGAUCAUUACGAUAGUGACAUCCAUAGCUCUGGCGGUUUUUGGAGGUGUGGCAGCUCAUGUGGGUGGGUCACCAGUUAGGAUUUCUGCAGUGAGAGUUUUGGUUGGAGGGUGGCUUGCCAUGGCAGUUACUUUUAGCUUGCUUAAACCUUUCCAAAGAGAUGAACACGGAACUUAGGAUUUGAGAUGGAGAACUAAAUGGUAUCAUAUAGUAUUCUUGGAGAGUGCAUAGUUUGGGACUAGAUCAGUCUGGCCGCUACUACGCAUGCGCGAAUCCCGGCAUCUCAAAUUUUUAUAUGAUUUGAUUGUGGUUGAGAAGUCAGAAAUUAUAUAUGGUAUCAACUAUAUAUAUAUAGAAGUUACAUAGAUCACACACUUUCAAAGUGUGGAUGUAUAUCUAAUCCCGCGUUUUCAUGUUAGAAAAUCGUGAAGGAAAUAUAUAGAUAUAUAUCUAUAUUUUAUUUUA